AUGGCUCGACAAGAGCGUGAUCUGAAGUCCGCGAAGAUGCAAGCCGGUUCUCUGCGUGCCGUGAUCGAAACUUUGGAUGGUAAGCAUAGGUUGGAAAUGCAAAAGCAAAGGCUGGAAAUACAAAAUCAAAUGGACCAACUCAGUGAAAGCCAUCAAAAAGAAAUUGACUCCAUGAAACUGGAUAUCAAGGAAGCAGAAGCGAUACGCCAGAAGACUUCGACGGAUUUGCGUAAGAUGAGAGAGAAGAAUUCUGCGGUACAGACGGAGAGGAGAGAGCUUGGUCUAAAGUUAGCGGCAGUGAACGAAGAAGUGGCGAGGCUUACGGAAAACAUCUCGAUGUUGGAGAUCCAAAAGAGUUUUGCACUUACAAUGGAAGAGUUCUCCUCCAAUGAGCUAUACAAAUCAAGACAGGAGAAAUCUCAGUCAGCCUCAACUUCUCGACGCCUACAAGACCUGGAGCAAAAGUACGAUAGUCUCAAGGAUUAUUAUUGCACUAUGGAGGACAAGUAUAAUGAGCUCGAAGAUGACGCUGCUGGAUACCGCAGUGAGCUUCAAAAGUACAAAAAAUAUGCGGAAAGGUGCAGAAAGAAGCAGGAUACCAUUAAGAUCGAAUUGGAGCGUGUUGAGAGAAGACUCUACGAUAUGACCACAAAGCAUAUGUAUGUGCUUCAUAGCCGAGAUUCCAUAAAGCAAAUCUACCAGGAAUUGAAAAGGGUCCACGAUCCUAGGGAGCCACUGGUCAAGAUAGAAGUAGACAUACGCUUGCGUUUUCUGGACCAAGCUCGAGAAAUAGCCCUCAAUAUCCCCCGAGACGAGGCAGAUAUGGCUCUGAGAACGAAUGGCAACGUUGCUGCACAUAGAGGUAAUGCCGCUGCUGACGCUGCACUUUUCAAAUGUAAUCUAGUUCCGGAGGAGUACGAGGACAAGGCCGAGGGAUAUUCCAGGAGCUAUACAAACAGAAGUCAAGUGAGCACCCACUGUGGACUGGAAUUGUGGAAAGACAGAUAG